ACGCAAUCGUUAUUCUUUCUCACAAUAUUAAAUCUACAAGAAGAUGCAGAAGCUGUUUUCUUUGAUUUGUCUUUAUCUUUCAAUAGGACUAUCGCAAGCUAAAGCACGGAGCGAUUAUGACGCCGUUGCUAAGGAAUGCACGACUUCCCUUAGCGACUUCCCUGACAUCCGGCUACCAGGGGCACUGCGACCAGAGCGAUACCACCUUGACAUAGUACCAAGCACCAACGGUCCACCCUAUAUUUUUCACUGUACAACGACGAUAAUACUCAUCUGCAACGAACCGACGGAAUACAUUCGUCUACACUCGCUAAAUCAACUAUUCCUGUCCAUACGUCUCGAGCUUCUUCCGGACGAUUACAUCUUCACAAACAACUGGACCCACGCGUACCAGCACGAGACCGAUAUCUCAAAUCAUACCAGCCCCUUCUACAAUUUUGAUACAUUUUACGAAUUUGUAAAGGGACGUUUUGUAGGUACUCAAAAUAGCGAAGUUGAUCAGUUUUUGGCCGGAAAUUCCACCAUUUUUGAAGAAUUGAAUAAACCCAACGAACAAAAUGAACCGAACGGAAAGGCGAGUAAAACCGAAAGAGAAAUUUCUGGAUAUAGCAUUAUAUCCUGCAGUCAAACGCCGCACGAAAUGAUAGAAAUGCAGGUGAACAAGCCUCUUACCACCGGGCGUGUUUAUAAAUUGGAAUUGAAGACCAUGAGCAUAAUAACAAGCGAUUCAAUCGGACUGUAUCAUGCUGCGUUUACAGACAAAGUAACUGGGGCAGAGUCUGACGUGUUGACGACGAUGUUCGAGCCGACACGUGCGCGGUACGUGUUCCCGUGCUUUGAUGAGCCGGACUUCAAGGCGGUGUUCACAGCGACGAUCACACGCGCAGAAAACAAGAUCAGCAUUAUGAACCUGCCCAGACGGAUGACCCUUGGACCGGACGCUAACGGCAAUUACGUGGACGUGUUCGACGAGCCGCGCGAUGUACGAAUGUCAACCUACCUCUUAACAUUCGCCAUCGGUGAAUUCGAUUCCAUAGAAGGAAACUACAAUGAUAUACAGACACGCGUGUUUGGCCACAGAAGUUUUAUCAACGACGCGCAACUGAUUCUUGACGUCACCAAGCUCGGUUUGGAGUUCUUUGAACACUACUUCCAAAUCCCUUAUGUGUUCCCGAAAUUAGACUCAGUUGUCGUACCCAAGAUGGACUUUGGUGGAAUGGAGCACUGGGGUCUCGUGACAUAUAACAGGAAGGCGGCCAUAUUUGAAAAUAUAGAUUCGUAUAGCUUUGUCAACCUGAAUACCCUAGUUGCCCAUGAAGUCGCCCAUCAGUGGUUUGGUAAUCUGGUGUCUCCGUCAUGGUGGGACGAUCUGUGGCUUAACGAAGGUUUUGCAACUUAUAUGAUGUACUUUGCCAUGGACAAAAUGAGUCCGGAUUUACAAAUAGCGGACUUGUUUUUCACGUCCCCCGUACGCGGCAUCCAUGAAGUGAUGACUGUGGACCAGAAGAACAACUCCCAUCCCAUAUACGUGCCAGUUAAGGAACCUCAAGAAAUCGAAGAAAUCUUCGACGUGAUAUCGUACGCUAAGGGCGGUGCGGUGAUCAAGAUGAUGGCAUUCUUCCUUGGAGAAGGCACAUUCCAGAACGGGCUCAAGCGCUACCUGAUCAAGCACAGCUUCAGCACGGCCUCUCACAACGACCUCUGGGUGGCGCUGUCAGAGCAAGCCAAAGAGGACGGGUUACCGAUGACAGACGUCAAAUCUGUGAUGGACACGUGGAUCCUGGAGCCUCACUACCCGGUUGUCAUGGUUACCAUAGCAGACGACAUGAGCAGCGUCUGCUUCGAGCAGAGUGUCUUUGUGGAGACCGCGGGUCAGGAGUCACGUGCUGACGACGUGAUCUGGCAGAUACCGAUUGCCUGCACGUCUGCAACAGAGCUGGACUUCGAGAAGGGACCCGAUGACAUUAUGUGGCUACAGGAGAAACGGCAAUGUUUUGCUAUAGAUAUCCUUGCGCCGGGUGAUUGGUUGCUAUGCAACGUCAAGCAGGAGGGUUUCUACCGGGUGAAUUACAGUCUGGAAAACUGGCGCCGCCUGACGGAUCAGCUGAACUUGGAUCACACGGUUAUUCACUCGAUAAACAGAGCGCAGUUGAUCAAUGAUGCCUGGGAACUCAACAAGAUGGGACAUGUUACCGCGUCCGUAGCGCUAGAGACGUUGGAAUACCUGGAAAAGGAGGCGGAAUAUCUGCCAUGGAAGACGGCUUCUCUCCACCUGGAAUAUUUAGACCAGCUGCUGCAACUCUCCAGACACUACGGGCAGUUCCGGAUUUACAUGAAAAGUAAAUUGGAACGUGUGUAUUGCAAGUCAUCGCAUCGCUCGACUCUUCAACAAAGGAUGCUACAUCGGACAGUCACACGUUGGGCCUGCGAGUUUGAUCUGCCCUCAUGUAUUCAAGACAUGCUCGAUAUUUACACAGCACAUGUCCAGGACGAAAACAUUCAGAUAGAAGCGGAUAUAUUGAACACAGUGUUUUGUGUGGCGGAACGCGAAGGUCAAUAUGUGCCGUUAAGCAAGCGGAAGGAGGCACCAUUUCAAAACGAGGUGGACGCUGAAAUGCUCGCUUCCGGUUGCGUGCGCACCCCUUGGGAAAUAAUGGAGAGCCUGGACUUUCAGUUACAUCAACCUUUCCCCAAUAAGGGUGUCCUUGACCGCUUGACCGCCACUCCGACUGGCCGACUCGUCGCAACUCUUUACAUGCUGGACAGAUGGCCGGACAUCGCUAACAUGUCUACUGCUGAACCAUAUACUACUGUAUUAUUUGUUCAGGAAUUGGUGGAAAAAAUCAGCACGCAAUGGGAGUUACAACAGGUAGAGAACGUGCUGAAUAUCGAUGACGUCGGAAGGGCCAUACUGGUUCAACAGAAGGGUCUAAUAACGGCUCGAAUCAACUACUGGGAAGAGAUACAAGACGAAGUGAUAUCAUGGCUGUACAGACCGAGGGAAUAAUAAUUGUAGACCUUUGUUUUGGAUCAGACAGACACGUAAAACAGGCGUGAUAACUUUUCUACAGCUAGUAUUAACAUACUUAUUUCCAUGCAUUCAACAGACGAAAUAAAAGCACCAAAAUACAACAAAAGACCCGCGCAGUAUUUUCUUUCAAAGAUUUUAUUAAAUUUUAAGUGCUUCUUUAAAGCGAGUGCUUGCCGUUUUGAUUUGUCUCCAAACAGAAACAUGUAACCUUUCAUGCGAAAAUGUCACUUAGUAAAAUUGACAAAGAGCAAUACACGUAAGAUUCAUACAGUUCCUUCCGUUUAAUUUCAAUGAAAAAAUCGUCUAGAUUGAACUCGCACUCUUUAUUGUAAGUUUAGUGUUAGAAGGUUUAUUGUUAACCGUGUAAUAUUUCAUUGAAAUUAAUGUAUAAAGUGCAACUUAAUUUGCACAUUAAUGAAAGAGAUUAAUUAGUAUAUGGACUGGUCAUUCAGAACCGCAUUUGAUACGGGUGAUAUACUUAAUACGAGUCGUUCUUUUCAAAAAGUUUGAUUAAAUAUGUAUUAACUA